GUUGCGAACAUGAACUACACCGUGGUCGUGCUAGGUGGUAUACUCUUUUUGUUUAUUAUGUGGUACUAUUGCCCUGUGUAUGGCGGCGUGCAUUGGUUCACGGGUCCAGUGCCAAACCUUGAGAAGGUGAGUGAGGAGAGUACGUCAAGUAUUCGUGGGUCGGUGGAGAAGAAUGUGUGUGUGGAUAUCAGGGAGUCUGUUGGAGCUUGAUACUAGAAGGGGUCCAUAGUGAAUUUAAAUCGGAUACCCGUACACUACUUGCUAUUCGUCAAUCAUCUGGUUAAGCCGUACAAGAAGAGA